AUGGGCUUCUGGAACGACGGAAUCCGCUCUUCCCGCGACCGCAGCCGCAGCCGCAGCCGCAGCCCAUAUCGAAAAACUUAUUACGCAUCUCGCCCUGCCUAUACACGGAGCGCCUCUUCAUUCUUCUCCUUUAGCGGCGGCUCUUCACGAGGCCACGGCCGCGCUCGUCCUCGACCUGGCUUCAUCAACCGCAUUCGUCGAUUCUUCCAUGAUGUAUACUCAUACAUGCGCCGACACCCAAUCAAAGUCUUCCUACUGGUCAUCGUGCCAUUGAUAACAGGUGGAGCACUGAGCAAACUCCUUGCACAAUUUGGAGUCAGAUUACCUCGAAGCCUGGAGAAUCUCAUUGGCGGAAAUCGUCAGCGUGAAAGAUAUUAUGCACGAGGCGGAGCUCGGGACUUCGCUGGUGGUACUGCCUUGCCUGGGAUGGGAGGUGGUGUCGGCGAGAGUCUUGGAUCUUUGAUGGGGAUUGCGAAAAUGUUUUUGUGA